AACUCCGACAACAUCGACUAUUUCCGACCGCACAACUUCUACUACAAUCUUUUUCUUACUCGUCUUAAUAAUUCGUUUUUUAAAUUUUUACUAUCGAUUUUUGCAUGUAGCAGAAUCUUAUUUGACGAUGCAAUUCAAAGAAGACAUGCCAUCGACGUGAUAAUCCGAUAUUCCGUUCCUCACACCCGAGCCAUGAUCUACUACUUACGUUGGCCAGCUCGGCACAGUUGGAACACAGGCGUUGUACUCAGCAAAAAUAGCUCUCGCACAGCAAUAACAGGAUCGAAAAUACUAUAUAGACCUUUUGCAUCUUCAUCCUUUCCCCUUCCGACCACCCCAACAUGUCCCGAACCCACCUGCGAAUGCGCGCCGACCCCUCCCAUGCCGCGAUGGCUACCUAUCGAUCAUCGACGACAACUAAACGCCACCAUGGCUCCAUAUACGCAGCAGAUAUUAAUAUCGACGGCUCAAACAGACUGGUCCAGUCGUAUCGAAGAUGACGGUGUUGGAGAGAAUUGGGGGUCUUUAAUUCGAGGACUGAAGGGUCUGUUUGGCCGAGGGGGGAAAUAUGCCGAUCCUUAUAAUAAUCUGUCCAUAACGACCUCUUCCUUUGCCCCUUCGCCGCUCGCUUCGUCAGGAUUCGCGUCUGCCUUUCUCUUUCCUGCUUUUAAAUACGUGCCUAGGAUUCCGGUCGCUGCAUUACAAGCUGCUAAUAAUGAGACUCCCGAUCUUGAAACAUUCGCACGCGCGUUUCUGCUCCCGCAUAAACUCCAUUCUGCACACGCUAGCAUCCCCGAUGCUCAAAGAAGCACCAUGACUCGUUCGCCGGAGCUAUCAUCACACUUCCCCGAGGUCCUCGAAAUCAAACAAUCACCAACAAUAUUAAUCUGCGGACAUGGUGGGCGAGAUAUGCGUUGUGGGGUUAUGCGGCCCGUUUUACAAGCAGAGUUUGAGCGUGUCUUGCGAAGAAAAGGAUUCACUACGAACGGCGACGAAGACGGUCAGAAAUCCGUGGUGGAUGGACCAACGCACGCCAAUCUUGCUGCCAUCAGUCAUAUCGGCGGACACAAAUAUGCAGGGAAUGUGAUAAUCUAUAUCCCUCCUGGAUUUAUGACCACGGCCGCCUCAUCGAAGUCCACUGUAGAGGUUAUUCCGAGUCCGCUGGCUGGUACAGGAAUAUGGUACGGCCGUGUUGAGCCGAAGCAUGUCGAGGGUAUUGUAGAAGAGACCAUCUUCAAGGGUAACGUGGUGGAAGAUCAUUUUCGUGGUGGCAUUGGCAUGGACGGGGAAAUUUAUAGACUGUAGUAUACAAGCCCACAGCUCCGAUAGAUUGUAUCAUAUUUAAAUGGAUAUCCCUCUCGCUACUCGACAA